AUGUCAGCGAUACCAGCAUGGUGCCCGGCGCGAUCCUACCGUUCGACCGCGACAGCCUACCGAAAGAUUGAUUUCGCACAGAAACAGGAUCCUGAAGUGGAGGUAACAACGAAGGGAGAGAACAAUCCGGAAACACAGAAGGCAUACCAAAAGGGCACAAAGAAACAUGCGACCAAGACAUCGUCCCUGCGGCGGGUUGCUGUUGAGGCACAACGGUCGAGACAGGGCUUCGUGAAGGGCCGAGGAAGCAAGCGCUUCGUGGACCCGCAUGUUGACACAAAGACUGUCACGGCGUACUGCGCGGCGGAAACCUACAACAUAUCCACGGCGGCUCGCUUGGUCAAAGCUCAAGGCUAUGAGCUCGACCCUCUACAAACCGGCUUAUAUCCGCAAGUCAUCCAUGUCCAAAGACGGGAACGACCCUCGGAAGUAAAGGACUCGCAAGAGGGCGACAUCUUCAUCUUUCCAUCGGGAACGAUGGUCACUUGGAAUGUGAGAGAACGCGAGGCACUGCAUCUGGUGAAUAGGGUUCUGCCUGCUGCAGCAGACUGUCCACACCUGGAUUUGCUGGAGACCGAGGACUUGGAAUACCUUGAAGAUCCAACAAGGGAAUCGAGUGAGGUCGUUGGUGACACAAUCAUUCUGGGCACAAAAGCCGAACACGGCGGCCAAGAUGCACACAAGGAACCCCUUGUGGAGGACACGGAGCAACGUCACGAGAUCGACACUGUCCUUGCCAAGAUUGCUUUCUCGUCCGGUCUUGCUCGCUCCACCAAACUCGCUAUUCUGGAAACGCUUCUGAGCUCUUACCAGGACUCCACACGCGAUAUUCCCAUUAUGCUGGCCAAGGGUAAUACCAAGACGUUGGGCAGGAAAAACGUCUCCUUCACACGCUCCUUCAUCCUCCGCAAAACAGGCGAACUCCUCAAUAUCCGUGCACAACUUAACCUGUACUCGGAGCUUACCGACUCGAUGCCUGAUAUCUUUUGGGAUAGCCGACACGAGCUAGGGCUAGGAGAGUACUAUGAUCAAGUGGGACGCGCAUUGGACGUGGGUGUGCGCAUCAGAGUGUUGAACGAGAAGAUCGGCUUCGCGCAAGAGAUCGCAAGCGUUCUGCGGGAGUCGCUGAGCGAGAAGCACGGCUUGAGGCUAGAAUGGGCAAUUAUUGCUCUGAUCGCGGUUGAGGUGGUAUUGGAGUUCUACCGUCAUUGGACAGAUGCGGAGGAAAGGAAGGACCCUAGAAGCACGGAGUCGCUGCUACGGCAAUAUCUCAUAAGGAUAGGUGAUGGUCCAAAAAGAGAUAUUACUUAG